AUGUUUGUUGUGCCUAUCAGAAUCAGACAAGGCGUUCCACUAACGUUGUAUAAUCUGUAUGGUGGUGCUACUCAGUUAAAAGACUUUUGCAUGGAUGUUAGUGAUUUUUGAAAGUUUUACAGAGUAGUUUAUACUUACUUUCUAUUGUAUAUUUUACUUACAAGAAAAGUAGAUUUAAAAUUAUUUAUUUUUGGUAAUAUUUACAAUAAAAAUAUUAUUGAUCUAGAUGUAUUGUCUCGGAACACAAGAUUACCGAACGCAACCACACAAUCUUACUUUGCCCGAAACACUAGUACCUGGUAUGGUAAACUAUCAAUACUUAUAUACAGUUUUUAAAAUAUACUUUGACUUUCUAAGUACCAGUAUCAAAUAUUAUUUGGUUGUUCACUUAAUUCUGUGCCAUUCUCAAAGAAAUGUUUGGAAAUAAGGGCACACAAUUAAUUGAAUAACUUAAUAAUAUAGAAUAUUGUACUUUUACCAAUUCUUUUACAGGAAUGAAGUUGACGAUCGAUGCCAUAGCCUUCAAGAAACAGUUCACCAUGUCUCUGCUCGACGAUGAUGACAAUAUUGUAGUCUUUAUUAUUGUGGUAAUUUUUAUGUGAGAAUUUUUAGUUAUAUUUUCAUAUAACAUUAUAUAGAAGUUUGUUCAAUUAAUUCAGUGCCUUCUCUCAAAGCAAAUUUACAAAGUUUGAGGCACGGAAUUAUUUGAACAACUUAAUAAAUAAGCAAUUAUCUUACGAUUCUUGACUGUAACGUAACAUAACUUGUAGUAUGAUGGCGCGAUGAUGUUCAACUGCUGUGUCGCACCGUGCAAAGGAUUAGACCCGAACAAUGAAAUAGUACUGGCCAAAGACAGUACAAAUGUGAUGACUUUUAAUGAAAUGUCCAAGUUCGAAUUUUUUUACUGGAGGUCGUCAAAUAUGCAAUUUAUAAUUAACGACGACAUCAAGUUCUACUUACCCAUUAAGAUCAACCCUGGGGGUGGAUUGACUCAGUUCAAAAAAGAUGGGUUUUUGCAGCUGGACUAUGUCUGUAUGAAGAUUGCCGAGUAA